AUGGACGAGCAUCAUAACGCUAAUUUCUUCAAUUUCUCUAACAAGAAGAUCCUGUAUGACGAGAGAAAGAAACGGUUUAUCUACUUAAGUGGUGGAAACAAGCAGCAGCGUAGAUUAUUCAACAAAUCAUACUUCAAAGCUCAGAGACCUGACAUUAUCGGCACUGAUUACAAGCAGUGGGAGCAAGACUUUAGAGAAGGGCAGGCUUAUCUCAGAAUUAUGCUGUACUACAACAAGCUUGAGAUGAACAAGUUAUGGAGAAUCUUGCAGUCAAAUGCCUAUCCUUACAUGUACACUAUCAUGGAUGACUACCUGACACACAGUAGAAUUGAUAAUCCAAGAGUCAUGAGACUCUGGACUUGGAGAGACUCUACCAGGAUCGUUGAGUUCGUCAGAGAGCACAAAGCCAGAGCUGCUAAAUAUGGCCUUGAUAAUGGAGCUUCCAUGCAGAGAGACACUUUUGAAUUUACUAAAGAACAAAUGAAGCAGAAGGAAGAAGAGCUUUGUGAGUACUUCUUACAUGAAAUGAGGAAGAAGCCAGUCGAAUAA